AUAAAGUAUUGAAAACUAAAUCCAUUUUGAGCGGCAAUCUUGAAGUAAUGAACUAAAUCGUUUAAGCAAACAAAUUUGAAAAAAAGACAACUCAAAAUUCAAUUGAUAAAAACGAACAAAAAAAUUUUUUCGAAUAAGCUAAUGUCUGUGACGAAAAUUGCUUGUUGUUUCUUAUCACGCGAAAAAAUAUGAAAAGAGCUGGGAAAAAAAGAGGAUGUUUAGAGAAUAAACAAAGAAAAAUAAAUAAAGAUGUAGGUAAUUAGAAUAUUUUAACAUAAAAAUAAAAAAGUGGAAAACAAUAAAAACUUAGAAAUUGGCGAACAUUUCACUGAUAAUAAGUUUGUAGAAAUUUAUAAAAUUAUGGAACAUUUGAUUUGUCUUAAAUCAUCGGAUUUGUCAGUUUUCAAAGUUUAUUCGUCAUUAAAUCUUUUAAAUAGCCUGCAUUUAUCUAAACUAUGUAACCAUGGUGAAUACCAUUGUGAAGACUGCUGUGAAUACCAUUGCAGAAGCCAUUACAAAGGCCGCCCAGAGGAUUUUUAUGAGAACCACUUUGAAGUUCAAUACAAUGAUAAAAUUAAACCAAAAGCUCCAAAUUUUGGAAUCGCCAAUGAAAUCAAAGAACCUUAUAAUUGCAAAUGCAAGAGAAAUAUUGGACCUUAUUACAAUCCCACGAUCAGUGAAGUUUUUAGUUUUCAAAAGAAACGCUCAUCUAAUAAAAUGUUCAAUUCCUAUUCACCAUUAUUUAAAUUUUUUUUUAUUAGUUUGCGAAUAAAAAAGAAUACUUCUGGACCAGGGUUUAGACAAACAACCCAAGUUUCUACUUUUAACUUACGCGUACAGGCUUUAACUCAGCAGAAAAAAAAUAACUUUGCCAAACCUUCUACAACCUGCAUAUUUAUAUUUAAAAAUAACUCACUUUUUACUAAUUUUGUAAAUUGUUUGGUACAGAACAACAUUGGAUACUGCUUCAAUACUUUACAAAUAACAAUCUACAUUCCGCCAGACGACCUGCACUCUUUUUCAGUUUUUCUUUAUAGUUAUUUUUCUGGGAACUGGUUUUCGCAAGGAGAUUUACUUUUUUUAAAUUUUUCUUAUUGUGUUGAUAUGGCAACUAAGUUUGAUGCUGUAUUAAGCUUAAGAGCAAACAGAGAGUUGUUUACGGAUAUCUUACUUGAUAUAGCAGUUGCUUGCUACGUUGCUGCCAUUGUUAACAGCGGUGGUUUCAAAAGUAAACUAAUUAAAAUAACACAGGAAGCAGCUUACAACACUGCAACGUUAGGUAUAGAGACCGCUGUACAAGCCUUAGGAAAUGCAGUUGCUGGUGCAGCAAUAAGUGGAGUUGUUGACGUUGCAUUUUCUUCUGCGUCAAUUUAUUUAGCAAAGCGAAGGAGAGACAAAGGUGAAAUGUCGGAAAAAGAAUUUAACAAUAAAGUAAAAAAAACCGUAUUUGAAUCUAGUCUGAAAUUUGUCGGCGGAACAACCGGCUCAAUAAUAGGACAGGCGUUGAUUCCAGUCCCAAUCGUUGGUGCUGUUGUUGGAGGUUUUUGUGGCAGCCUAAUAGGAUCAGGUAUAUGCAAAGGGAUAAACUAUGGCAUUUUUAAUUACGGUAAAUUCAAUGAAAAUCCAAGCGAAAAAAACCUAGAGCAGCAGCAAACAUCUUAUAUAAAGAAAAAACAAGGCGUACCAAUGAUAAUUAUUUAUAAUGAAAGUAAACGUUGUUUUGAAGAAAAAAAGUUUAGUUACAAAAAAAACAGUGAGAAAAUUGACGCCAAAAAAAACCAAAAAGAAACAAAAGAAACCCCUUCUGGAACCACAAUUGCCAGACCAUUUUUUAAGAAAUGGGUAAAUAAUACAAGGAUUAAAAACGAAUCAGCACCUAACAUUGAUCAUGCCAUAAAAAAGGAGACUUUUGAUAAUUCGGCUAAAUUUUCAUUACUGUCGAACCAAGUGGAAUCGAGUCCAAUCGAGUCGAGUCAUAAGGAGGAUUUAAGUAAGACUAAAAAUGUUGAAAAACUUUUUAAAAAAAGUUUAAAAAUAAAAGAUGACAGUUUUUGCAGUACUAAUAGACAUUCAAUAAAUAAUUUAGAGGUAAUUAAAGAUCAAAAGGUAAGAGCGCAUUCAUUUGAGGAUACUUUAAAAAAUAAAAAAGAAAAAAAUUUUAUACAAAUAUCUUUUGGUAACGUAAAAGAGAAAUGGCACACACUAAACACUAAAUUUUUUGAAGAAUCUCGAACAUAUUCUAGAGUUGUUGGAGAUGAAAUUGGGGGUGAUAAUGGCAAUGAAUUAAAGUGUCACAAUGACAAUGAAAUCAAAUGUGACAAUGACAAUGAAAUCGAAUGUGAAAAUCACUUGGAAAUUAAGUGCGGCAAUGACAAUGAAAUCAAGUGUGACAAUGACAAUAAAAUCAAGUGUGACAAUGACAAUAAUAUUAAUUGUGAAAAUAACAAUAAAAUUCAGUGUAACAAUGAAAAGUGUGCGCAAAUUAUUGAAGCUCAAGAGAAACUUAAAAAUGAAUUUACUAGAUUUAAUUUAUUUAAUGUUUCAGAGAGUAAACAAGAUAUUGAUGAUGACAAAACUUUGCCAGACCAUGAACUCUCGUUAAGCUCAACAAACCUAGAACCCAACCCUAAAAAAGGUGUUAAAAAAUCAUCUUUAACAAACUUUUUUUUUAAUAUAAAAGGAAAACCGCUUGAAAAAAAAAAAGAAAAAAACGUUAUCUACUCGACUCUUGACACUACCAGCAUAAAAUCCGACUCAAGUUAUAUAAAACCUAAGUCUUUCGAGGAUCAAACAAGUUUGAGUCACUCAUUUCAAAAUAAUAAAUUCGAAUGGGUUAGCUGUAAACUUAAAAAAAGUAAAAAUGCUAUCACAAACAAAGAACGCAAAACUUCAAAUGAAAAGUUUCAUUUUAAUACAAAUAAAACCUUAAAAGAAUCUUUCAAUUGCAUCCCGACAAAAAAUAUUUUGUCUGAAGAUAUUGAUGAAGAAAAAAUGCUUGACACAAAUCAACCUACAAGUUUGCGAAUAAAUCAAACAUUAUUCAAAUUUAAUUCAAGACUUAAGAAAUUUGCAUCAGUAGAAGUUUGUAAAAGAUCAAACGAGACCAAUUGUUUAGAAAAAGAUUGUCUAAAAAGAUCUUCGUCAUUGUCGUACCCUUUUUAACGAUCACUGUCAUUCUUUACUUAGUUAACACUCAAUUGAACGUAAAUUAGUAAUACAUUGCGACAAAAAAAAAUAAUGAAAAAAUCUGUGGAAAAAGUAACAGUUAUUCAGAUACCGGCAGAUAGAAAACAUGGUUUAAGUUUUAAACAUGAGACUUUGUAUUUAUAAAACUGCUUAAUAAAAAUUUAUUAUGAAUUUAUAUAAGAGAGAUGAGACAGUGAAAAGUAUUGAAGCAGCUGACUUGGAAAUCUGUUAAACUUUUGAGUGUAUAACUUAACCUAUUAACUGUUUUAAUUUGUUUAUUAUUUUAAGCAGUUUAUCAACUGAAAUCAUUAAAUCAUUUCAAACUA